GACCAGUAAUCGGCGGGGCUCGGGUUUAGCAGCGAACUGGAGGUCGUUGUUACAAGCUCCGUUCCAGUGUCGGAUAAUUGGGAUAAAUCCAGUUUUCAUUCUGUCGAUUUGAAUUUUCUUGUUUCAAUCACAAUGUUGCAGUCAUGCCCAGUGUUAGCUCGCAAGGUGGGAAGCCCAGUCUAUGGAGCCCAGCACUCGCAAGUUUUGUACACCUCGAAUUUGCCCAUUGUACUUCACGCGAAGCUGCGGAAUGGCUCCAGUCGAGUGCAAUGCUCGACCGCUGCCUCCACGACUAUGAGCGAAUCUUCGUUGGCCUCGCGACAAAGUCCCGUUUCGGUGAUACGGAAAAUCCGAGAAAGUUUAGUGACAGGGGAGAAGAGCGCUGUGGAGAUUACGGAGACAUACCUUGAGAAGCUAAAGGAGCGGGAGCCGCAUGUGCGAAGCUUCUUGCAUGUGUCGGAGAAGGCUCUGCAGGAUGCACAGGAAUUGGAUAGGAGGAUUGCGGAGGGCGGGGAGGUUGGGCCUUUGGCGGGAGUGCCACUAGGAGUGAAGGAUAACCUGUGUACUCGGGAUAUGCCCAGUACUGGAGGGUCGCAGAUAUUGCGAGGUUAUUGUCCUCCCUAUGACGCGACCGCUGUUGCCAAAUUGCGGUCGUCGGGGGCAAUUCUGGUGGGGAAGACUAACAUGGAUGAGUUUGGAAUGGGGAGCUCCACCGAAGGCUCUGCGUAUCAGGUGACUUCCAAUCCUUGGGAUUUAUCAAGAGUUCCAGGAGGCUCUUCAGGCGGCUCGGCUGCGGCAGUGGCAGCUGGCCAGUGUGCAGGGGCGCUUGGAAGUGACACGGGGGGCAGCAUUCGGCAGCCUGCAAGCUUCUGUGGGGUUGUUGGACUUAAGCCUUCGUAUGGUCGUGUUUCUAGGUUUGGUUUGAUGGCUUAUGCUUCCUCACUUGAUGUGGUGGGAUGCUUUGGAAACUCGGUGAUGGACGCUGCGAUUCUUCUGGAGGCAAUUGCUGGGGCUGACAAGAACGACUCCACAUGUAGCCCGCAGGGAGUGCCAGACUAUACAUCCAAACUACUUCCAGUUGAUAAUCUUGAUAGCAGACCGUUAGCUGGCAUUAGAUUUGGUAUCAUCACUGAGACUGUUGGUGACGGUGUAGAUGAGGAUGUUGUGUCUGCUAUUCGACAAGCUGCAGCGCAUCUGGAGAGCCUUGGUGCAUCUGUGCGAGAGGUGGCAAUGCCCAACUUUUCACUAGGUCUUCCAGCGUAUUAUGUGUUGGCAACGUCAGAAGCUUCUUCGAACCUUGCCCGCUAUGAUGGUGUCAGGUAUGGGCCACGCGCUCAUGGUGAAGAAGUUAUGUCUAUGUAUGGCAAUUCUCGUGCGCAGGGAUUUGGUUCCGAGGUGAAGCGGCGGAUUCUGAUGGGAACUUAUGCUUUGUCAGCGGGCUAUUAUGAUGCCUUUUACAAGAAAGCCCAACAGGUGCGCACAGUAAUUCAACAGGACUUCAAAAAUGCCCUCCAAGAAGUUGACCUACUUAUUUCACCAGUGGCGCCUACACCUGCGUACAAGAUAGAUGAGAAGAUGAAUGACCCUUUGGCCAUGUACGUUGGGGAUUUGAUGACGGUAAAUGUGAACCUUGCUGGACUACCUGCUCUUGUGGUUCCAUGUGGCCUUGCCAAGGGUGGAACAUGUGGUCUGCCUGUUGGCCUUCAGAUGAUUGGUCCAGCAUUUGGAGAGGACAACUUAUUGCGACUUGGACACAUAUUCGAGCAAACGCUGCCGACGUGCUUCAGCGCUCCAACACUGUUAGGAAAGCAAUAAGCGUACUUAGAAUCAUAGGAGCAAUUCUUCUGGGGUUAGUUUACGCCACAUUGUAAUUCAUCUAUCAACAAUUUCAGUCCACUCACUUGUGUUUCGCAUGCGAA